AUGUCCACGCCUGCUACUUCAUCGGUUACAACUAGGUCUACUACUGCUCUAGCUGUUUGGAUCAACGACCGAUAUCUCGAACACGGCUUCACUAAAACGGGGUUCAUAGGCUGGAAGAAGUUCAUUGCGCAGCUCGUCACAGAUAGACCAUCUCAGGAAACUAAAAUCAAAGAGCUUGUUGCCAGACUUCGUGUGCCUGGCAGCUCCCAUGAGCUUCCCGAUCCCUUUGUCAUAACUAACCUCAGGUCUGCAGAGCGAAUCAAAGCGUUAAAACAGGCGCAACAAACACACCAGGUUGGCCAACCAGCUGCUCCUGCGAAGCUCGCUGUAAUACAAGUCUCCACUCCGCCUGUCACUCUGCAGAGAUCCAUGGAUACGUCAGUUCCAUCAAACCCAUCUCGAUUGGAUGUGUCGAUACAACCACAGCACGUCGAAAGGGUGCAAAAUUUACCCACAUCUACAUCAAAUGUCAGGUCUACCUCAAGGAAUGGAAUAGAACUCGUGGAGCAAAUCGUCGAUUCCAGUCAGCACAGCACGCAAGUAAACCCUCUGAGAUCCCAGGCCCCGCUUGAAGCUACAGCUCUUGCAGCUUCUAAUCGCUCCUUUGACUUUGCAUCACCACUAAUGCCCAGGGGCCACUUUGGACUUGCGGAUCCAGAUGCUGUUGUGCACAUGACAGAGAGUGAGUGGGAAUCAGACUCCGAAAUUGAAGAAGAAGAAUAUUAUUCGACCACCAACAGUCAAUCAUCCUCUCAGGCCAGGACUCUCGAAUCGAAUUUACCGUUGGCACGAAACUCGCCACCUUUGUUCACUCAGCCUUCACCGUUACAGCCAACGCAAAUAUCGCCUCCACCACGGCCCGAGUCUGAUCAACGUGCGUCUGAAAUAUCAUCUCGUUCCUCGUCUACAUGCAACGAUCCAGAUGAGGUAGAGAUGACUAUGGAUCAAGCUAUCACGGCGUCCAUGUCUGGUACUACUGCGACUCAUCAUGUUUUCGCGCAGGAAGUUGAUCCGGUUCGAUCCAAGAUAGCAGUGAAAGCUUCCGAACCUGAGGUCCCGGUUCAGUCUGCGACAACUACAAACUCUGGCUUUGCUUUCAAACUCGCUUCUCCAGUUCAGAUUGAGAGCGUGAUGGAGGAAAUGUGCCGCAUCAGCAAAACAAUUCAACAACAGGCCUCUGGUCCAUCGGAAUCGGUACAAUCUUCUCAGACUGACGUGGAGGCAAACAAUGUGGAGGAUAUGGUCAUAAGCAACGACCCGACGAUCAAAGGUAAUUCGACAAAGGACUUACUUUCACUCAGUGUCUCAAACAAUACCGUUGGCCUUGGAGAAACCCACAUCGAAAGCUCAGUCAUCAACAUGGAAAAUCUUGUAUGGACGACAUAUCGCAAGCGGCAUUGCGACGCAAGUGGCGUUCCAGUAGUGCCUAUGGACUUUCAGUCUUUCAGCAAAGAGCUGAAUGCUGCACAUCCUCGAUCGGAGAAAGAGCUGAAUGCUGCACUGAAGAAAUUUGACAUGGACUCUUGUGUGGAGAUUUUGAAACAGCAGUCGAGAAGCGAAAAUGGCUACAUGCGAAACCGGUCUGGUGCACGCAACCACCUGCAGACCCUGAGAACUGACCUCAAUAUUGAUGCAGCGAAAGAAGCCGUGUUGACGGUACAAAGACGAGACAGAGUUGUUGCGAUAGCUCGCAUGGCGCAAGCAGUCGCUCCCAAGCAGUCGCCUAAAAGUUCGACGCAGCCUGGUGUGACUGCUACUGCUCAUUCGACUGCUCCAAUAACAAUUGUACGAUCAACGAAUAACACCAAAUCGGCAACAUCGUCGUCUGCGACAAGACCCUCUAGCUCGUUAGCUUCAACUACUGUUCCAGAACUCUCCGACACGAACACGCUCCAGCCAUACGAUGUUACUGAGUCCCAUAAUGAUACGCUUGCUAAAAAGCUGAAGCAGCUCCAGAUAUCUAGUGAUGACAUGCUAGCUCAAACCGAGGCAGGGGAUGAAGCUGCUAUUCAGAGAAGAGGCCCUGAUCUUCUGCUAUAUGGGAAGCUACUUACCGACCGGAACAAGCACGCAACUACAUCGCCAUCUUCAAGUGCCAUAGAGCGGAGCAUACGUCAAGCACCUCUACUCGCGGCACAUGUCGUUGCUGAACACUACAAAGACUUUGUACCUCAGUAUGGCUUGCUCGGGAGUCUCGAAGAUGGGGAAGAUGAUCUUCUAAACUCUCAGCUGUUUUUGAACACAAAUGUUCCAUUCUCGGCGUUUGUUUGCGGUGUUCAGGGCAGUGGAAAAAGCCAUACGACAUCUUGUGUUCUCGAGAAUGCCGUUCUGAAAUCACCAAACCUCGGCCAUCUUGAAAGUCCUGCUUCCACAUUAGUCUUCAGUUACGGUGAAUGGAGCGGAACAGGAGCGGGUUUCAACAUCAGCGAAGCUACAUUUCUUGGAGCCGCUUGUCCAGGUUAUCCAGGUCAACACGUCAAACGGGUGACUGUGCUGUACUCACCGUCCAAUCCAGCCAUCAAGCAGCUUUACAAACGUUUGCCGAACGUGACUCUAGUCCCCUUCAAACUCAAAGCCCGGACGCUUGAUAUUUCGGCUCUGCGCACUUUGAUGGCAGUGGACGAGAAGUCAACAACGCCUCUGUACAUGGCUCGUGUGGAGACGAUCCUGCGUGGGAUUGCAUCAGAGAGCAAAGACGGCUGCUUUGACUAUGCAGAAUUCAAAAACCAACUUGCACAAGAGUCUUUUGAUCCCACGCAGACAAACAUGCUGGAGAUGCGACUGGGUUUGCUUGAGUCAUUCUUGGAUCUGACUGGAGAAUGUCCAGAACCUGAGUACAGACCUGGCGAACUAACAAUUAUCGACCUUUCUGAUGCUUUCGUCACUCCUAGUACAGCAUGCAUACUAUUCAAGCUUGGUUUGGAGCGCUUUCUGCAGUCUCCCGCGCCAGCAAAGAUGCUAGUCUUAGAUGAAGCUCACAAGUACAUGCUUGACACUCCUGGCUCCAAGGUGCUCACCAACUAUCUCACCGCAGUGAUUCGUCUGCAACGGCAUCAAGGUGCCCGUAUUGUCGUAUCGACACAAGAGCCAACUAUCGCAACAGAAUUGAUCGCCCUUUGUUCGGUGAUAAUCAUGCAUCGCUUCACGAGCCCCGCCUGGUACGCUGCACUCCGACGACACAUCAACGCGGUAGAUGACGACAAGGCUAUCAUGCAGCAGAUCGAGAGUUUAGAGACGGGCGAGGCACUCGUGUAUUCGCCGAACGCGGUGCUUGGGAAGAAAGAAGAUGGAAGCCUCACCAAGUCUACUGGCCGCUUGAUGAAGGUUAACAUCCGAAACAGGAUCACGCUGGAUGGGGGAGCAUCCAUCAUGGCUGUGUAG